AGCUGUUCCACAUUAGUCAUGAAAAAAGGAGUCUUGGGAUCUUUUGAUUGAUUCGUUAAGAAACUUUCAGAGCCUAAACCCUAGAGAGAGAGAGAGAGACACCCAAGCAACAGCAAAGAAAACCCUUAUCCAAGUUAAAAAAGGAGAACCUGAAGGAAAAACUAACACCGACUUCCCGGAUAAGCAUUAACAGAAAGAGAAGCCUUACUCUUCCUAGCACCUCCACACAUCUUAAACGUGCUCCCUAAGCUCAUAUUUCCUCUUCAAUUUAUAUCCAUUCCCUCCCCUCCACAACUCAAAUUAGAACAGCAACAACAAAUUUAAUUUCAGAGUUCAAACCCAAAUUCCGGCAUCAAAUCUACACCCGUUCAACCCCAACUGAUUCAAUUGAAAGAAUCACCUCUGCACCUGGGUUUUUGGCUGAUAUGCCAGACAUGGAUAGUGGAAAAUCCAUGGAAGGUGAAGGAAGCAUUCAUUUGCAGAUUGUUGAGCUUAAAAAGCUCAGCGAAACUCGUAGUGCUGGUACCACCAUUUUUGAACCUCAGAGCAGCAUUGAGAAAAGAGACAGCAGCAAUACAAACUAUGCAUCUCCGAGGGCUGGAUUGCCAGUCCGUGCACCGGAAAAGAACCUGACACUGUUCGCUCUUCGCCUUGCAGUUCUUGAGAAAGCAGCUACCGGCCUAGGAACCCUCGGAUUUAUCUGGGCAACAGUUGUUCUUCUUGGUGGUUUCGCCAUCACUCUAGAUAAAACCGACUUCUGGUUCAUCACCAUCAUUCUGUUGAUUGAGGGGGCUAGAAUAUUCAGCAGGAGCCAUGAGCUUGAAUGGCAGCACCAAGCAACAUGGUCAAUCACAGAUGCUGGAAUCAACAGUUUCCGAGCAGUGAAAGCCAGUUCCCACUUCCUCCUGCAAGCCAUGAGAGCAGUUUUCCGGGCAAUUUUUGCUGCUCGGAAGAUGAAUCAGCACGGUAGAGAAAUUACAGACAGCAAGCGGGGAUUAAGCCCCAGAAACUGGGAUGAGCAACGGGCGCCAACUCGGACAUGGAUGAGCUCAGAUGUUCCUCUGUUGCCGUAUGCUCAAUGGGUUUUCCUGUCAAGAAACAUCAGCAAACUUCUGUAUUGGCUGCAGCUUGCGUCUGCCACUGCCUGUGUGGCUCUCUCACUAAUGAAACUUAUCAAGCACAACUACGGCGAUGUGGAGAAAGGAGAUACUGACAAGAAGAAUCGGAAAUCUGCGCUGAAUAUUUUCUAUGCCUUGGCCCUGGCAGAGGCUCUGCUGUUUCUUCUAGAGAAGGCUUACUGGGAAUGGAAGGUCAUCUACUGUAAACUGUUGGAUGAGGUGAACAAUGAGUGUGAGUUGGGGACUUCAGGUGUUGUUUCCAUCAGGAGAUUCUUUUAUGAUGCCUACUCAAAAUGUGUCAACGGAAGCAUAUUUGAUGGCCUAAAAAUGGACAUGGUUUCAUUUGCUAUGGAUCUACUGGCUUCAAAUUCCUCAGAUGAGCAGUUCAUUGGAGCUAGGAUUCUGCGGCAAUUUGCUGCAAGUGAGCGAUUUUCUAAUGAUACCCUCCAAAAGAUUGGUAUAUCUUUAUCAGUUAUAGAAAGAUUAGUUGAAAUGUUGAACUGGAAGGACCCAAGAGAAGAAGAGAUCAGACUAUCUGCUGCAGAAAUAUUAUCAAGACUAGCGGGUAAGAAGCAGAACUCCCUUAGGGUUGCCGGAAUUCCUGGUGCAAUGGAAUCAAUUUCAUCUCUGCUCCACACCAGCAGGAGCUCUGCCAAUGCAGCUGAUGAAAUCUGUGACAAGAAAAUCAUCUUUGACCAUGAAAAUUAUGGUUUCUAUACCUUCAACCAUUUGGGACUUACCAUUUUGAAGAAACUUGCCCGUGAUCAUGAUAAUUGUGGGAAGAUUGGAAACACAAGAGGCCUCUUACCAAAAAUUAUAGAUUUCACACAUGCUGAAGAGAGGUUGCUUAAGGAUGACAAUGUAACACCAUCUCAGAUUCUUAGAGUGAAAAGAUCCUUGCAAGUGAUAAAGAUGCUGGCGAGCACAACAGGCACUACAGGGAAACACCUCCGGAAUGAGAUUUCUGAGAUAGUUUUCACAGUCAGCAACAUCAGAGAAAUUUUACGGCAUGGAGAGAAACACCCAAUGCUGCAGAAAUUGGGCAUAGAAAUUUUGACAAGUCUGGCAUUGGAAGAGGAAGCAACAGAAAGGAUUGGGGGCACAGGAGGAGUUCUCAAGGAACUAUUUAACAUUUUCUUCAAACAAGGGAUGCCAGAAUAUGAAAAUCAUGUAAAAAUAGCAGCUGGAGAAGCACUGGCAAUGUUGGCACUGGAGAGCAAGAAUAACUGUAACCGGAUUUUGAGAUUAAAAAUGACAGAAAAGUUUGUAGAAGCACUGGAAGUUCCACUGCUUCGUAUAAACGCCGCAAGAAUUUUAAGAAAUCUGUGCACCUAUAGUGGAGCAGAUUGCUUCAACAAAUUGAAGGAAGUCACCGUUGCUGCACCCACGGUCCUCAAGGCAAUUGUCUCCGAGGAAAACAAAGUUCAGGAAGUGAUGAUUGGACUCGCAGCACAAGUUUUUAAAUUCAUGAAUCCUCAGGAAUCCAGCACCAUGUUUGAGAGAGCAGGAAUUAAAGAAGCCAAAUUGGCCAACACAUUAGUCCAAAUUCUGAAGAAAUACCGGUAUCCACAAAUCAAGACUCCAAGAAUAAGGAGGUUUGCUAUAGAGUUGGCAAUUUGGAUGAUGAAGGACAAACAAACAAAUGUUCAAGUUUUCAAGGAUUUGAAAAUGGAGAAUGAACUGGAAUGUGUCACAGAGACCACAGCAGAGCUUGAAAGCUUCAAUAUUUUCUCUGGUACAGUUGGACUGAGUCGGCACAGCACGACAAUGCACUCAUUAGUUGAGACUGCACUGAACUUGCUGGAAGAUUAGUGAAACAUAGAAACUCGUACAGAUUUUGCAACAUCAACACAAAAUCAGUACUCCUAGGUGAUGCAAAUAUGUGAAUUAAAUAAGUAAAUAUGCAUACACAAUUGAUUUGUGAUUCUUUUUCUUUACAUAAUUAGUAGAAGUAAUUCUAUAAAAUAUGCAGAUAUUAAUUUAUUCCAUUUUCUAUCA